CGCAAUUUCGCCGCACAACUAGACUAGAGUUUAGACCAAAUUUUCGCAGUUUUCCCAGCCCAGUAUUUUCGAACAGCCGCACAGUCAUCGCUUUUGUGACGUGCUCACCUUGAAUUCAUCAGCAGGCAGCAAGAUAUUGACCCUGCACAUAGACACUCCCGGUCAUGAAAUUAGUAGCCGUUGCUAGUAGCCAUUUGACACACUCCAUUUAAACAUACCUAAAUCAAAAUAUUGACAUGUCUCGGCAUUUGGAAAACUUCUUUACCAACAGAGUACGGCGACAACUGCAAGUGGCUGAACAAAUGACCACCGCCGCCUCCACAUCGCAGCAUGCGACAUCGUCCUCCACAAUGAUGGCGGGCUCUGGAUCCUUGGCGACCUCGUCGUCCGCCGCUGCCCCCACAACCACGCCCAGCAGCUCGGCCGUUCGCGCCCUGGCCAUGGAGUACAAGUCGCUGCAGGAAGAGCCGGUGGAGGGAUUCCGCGUCAAGCUGAUCAACGACGACAAUCUGUUCGAAUGGGAGGUGGCAAUCUUCGGGCCACCGGACACCCUCUACCAGGGCGGCUACUUCAAGGCGCACAUGAAGUUCCCGCACGACUAUCCAUACUCACCGCCAUCCAUACGCUUCCUGACGAAGGUCUGGCAUCCGAAUGUUUACGAGAACGGUGAUCUGUGCAUAUCCAUACUACAUCCGCCGGUGGAUGAUCCGCAGAGUGGCGAGCUGCCCUGCGAACGCUGGAAUCCCACGCAGAAUGUGCGCACCAUCCUGCUGUCGGUCAUAUCGCUGCUCAAUGAGCCGAACACAUUCUCGCCGGCCAACGUGGACGCCUCGGUCAUGUACCGCCGAUGGCGGGACUCACAGGACAAUGAGUAUCCAAACAUCAUACGAAAACAGGCACUGGCCGCCAAUGCCGAGGCCAAGCGGGAGGGCAUUGUGGUUCCGAUGACCCUGGAGGACUACUGCCUGAAGCCCACGCGCAAGCCCACAACGGAGUCUGGCCUGGAUGCCAACUUCUACGAUGAUGAUUUCGAUCUGGAGACGGAGGAUGAUCUGCCAUCUGAUGAUGACUUCGAUGAGGACGACGACGAUGAUGAGGACGAGGAUGAAGAUGAGGACAGUGCCACGGCGCCGAUUAGCAAAAAUAAUGGAGGCAGCAGCAAGUGCAAGAACAACGGGCUGGUCAGAGAGGCGGCCGCCGCCGGAGCGGACGAUGCCGAAUCCGCUGAUGACAGCGGCAAGGGCGAGACCACAUAAUGCAGCCAGGCCAGGGUCGCGUCAUCUCUUCCUCCCACUCCUGCCCAGGGCGGCGAGCCACCGCCUUUUAAUUUCUCCAACAUUAUUACUAUUAUUAAUUCUAAUUAUACACGUUUCGAAACUAAACCGAACAACUGAGAAAACAAUUAUUUAACAAGUUUAUAUGUACCGAGGGUAGUUGAAACAAUGGUCCUACGCUGAUUUUAUCUACUCAAUUUUACUUUGAUAACUAAGAUGAUGAUCGUAUAAGCUACAGGUUAUAUGCAUGCGGGCUAACUCAAUUCCCAGCCUGUGGGCAAGCAAUUAAGAGUUCAGGGACUUCUCCAAAUCCAAACAUUUAUACGCAGAAGAAACACACAACACAGAAACAAGAAUAAAACCAAUAACACAAGAAACUCAAACAGAAACUGAUUAUCAAUAUACACAGCAUAUGUACUAGGUAUUUAAUAUUUAAAAAUAUACAUACACACAUUUUUAUGAGCGGAAACGAAAUACAAAUGUCCCAAUUCGCGCGACGCGGCAUCCUAUCGUACAUAAUGGACACAGCAUCAAGGUAAAGAACAGAAAAAAAAACCAUAUUAAACAAUCAAUGGAUUUCAAGAAUAAAAGCAAAUAUGGAAACAUAGCGAUUAAGCAAUUUUUAAGUGCAAAAUUGACAAAGUAAGUUUAAAACCAGCUAUUGCAAUAUGGAAACGAUGAAGCGCAUUGUUCAAACAGUAACAGAAUUGCAACAAAGAUAAAUAAGCCAAAUAAAAUUACUGAAAAAAAAAU